AUGGCUGGCCCCAGGAAUUCCAACCACCGCGCCUGGUGGAAAGAGAGCUCUGUGUAUCAAAUCUGGCCAGCUUCUUUCAAGGACUCGAAUGACGAUGGCAUUGGUGACAUUUCCGGCAUCAUUUCUAAGCUUGACUAUAUCAAAGAUCUGGCAAUAGAUAUUGUCUGGUUGUGCCCGGCAUUCAAAUCGCCCCAGGUAGACAUGGGAUACGAUAUUUCCGACUACUACGAUAUCGCCGAUGAGUACGGCACAGUUGCAGAUGUCGACAAGUUGAUCGCUGGGUGCCACGAACGGGGCAUGAAGUUCUUGAUGGAUCUGGUCGUCAACCAUACUAGUGAUCAGCAUGAAUGGUUCAAGCAGUCACGGAGCUCCAAGGAUAAUCCAUACCGUGAUUGGUAUAUCUGGAAGCCUGCGAAGUAUGAUGAAAAUGGCAAUCGCCAACCUCCCAAUAACUGGUUCUGCCGUUUCCAAGGAAGCGUUUGGGAGUGGGACGAGCACACACAGGAGUACUAUCUUCACCUCUAUGCGGUAGAGCAGCCUGAUCUUAACUGGGAAAAUCCGCCUGUCCGAAAGGCAGUGCACGAUAUCAUGCGAUUUUGGCUUGACAAGGGAUGUGACGGAUUCCGCAUGGAUGUGAUCAACCUCAUUAGCAAGGACCAGAGCUACCCCGACGCACCCAUCACAAAUCCAAAUAGACCCUGGCAGUGGGGACACAUGUAUUACGCCAAUGGACCGCGUUUGCACGAGUAUUUGCAAGAGUUAGGAGAGAUUCUCAAGGAUUAUGAUGCCUUUAGUGUAGGUGAGAUGCCUUUCGUCAAGGAUGAGAAGGAGGUACUUCGUGCCGUACAGUUUGAGCGCAACGAGCUCAAUAUGAUCUUCAACUUUGAGCAUGUCAAUAUGGACUAUGGCAAGUACGGCCAGUUUGACCCUGGCAGCUUGCAACUCACCGACCUCAAGAACUUCUUUGAGCGCUGGCAGACUUUCAUGUACGCCAAUGAUGGCUGGAACGCUCUCUACUUGGAAAACCACGACAAUCCACGGUCUAUAGAUCGUUAUGCCAAGGCUAGUGAGGAGCAUGGACUGGAUGCAUCCAAGAUGUUGGCCACCGCUCUGGCUUUGCAAGCUGGUACUCCAUUUGUGUACCAAGGUCAAGAGAUUGGAAUGAGAAAUGUGCCAAAAUCGUGGGGCAUCGAAGAAUACAAAGAUCUUGGCGCCGUGAAUCAUUGGAAAAGUCUGCCGAAAGAUGACAAAGAGGCUCAAGCAAUUGCAUUGGUGGAGUACCAGAAGAAGUCCCGCGACAAUGGCCGUACCCCGGUCCAGUGGUCAGCUGCAGAAAAUGCUGGAUUCACUGGACCUGGCGUCAAGCCCUGGAUGUCCGUGAACACAAACUAUACCACUGUCAACGCUGAGGCUGCAGUCAAGGAUCCCCACUCGACAUACCAUUAUUGGGCCACUGUGCUGAAGCUACGCAAGCAGUACCUUGACACAUUUGUCUAUGGUGAUUUCACUCUUCUGGACAAACCGAGCCAGGAAUUCUUCGCGUACACUCGCCAGUACGAUGACCAGAAGAUCCUGGUUUUGUCUCACUGGACAGAGAAGACACUAGAUUGGGAUGCGGCGGCCAAUGGUGUCAAUACUGCCAAGCAGGUUUUGCUCAACUCCUACGAAGGCACUGAUGAAGCUCUCCCGCGCUUCUCUGGUGAUAAGUGGACUCUUCGGCCGUACGAAGCUGUGGUCCUAAUUUUGUAA